UCAAAUAGUGUUUCACAAUUCUGCUUAUGUUUUUCGCAAGCUCUUUAUGUUUUUUGUUGCUGCUGUGACGGAUUAUCUUUUCAAAUGUAUCUUCAAACUGGUUGUUGUUCAUUUAUGUGAAGGCUAUGGAUCUCCUUUUACUUUUGAAAUAAUCUCAGGCUUAUGGAAAAGUAGCAAUUAUAAUACAAAAAACUUUUAUUUUCCUGAACCAUUUGAGAGUAAAGUUGCUGACAUGGUGUUCCAUCAGUUCUCAAAAACUUUAGAGGGCAAUUUCUACAAACAAGGAAACGCUUAUGUGACUACAAUUCAGCCAUCAAAUCCAGGAAAUUAUCAUUGAUGCCACCAAUACCAUCUAAUCUUCAGACAGGAAGAAACUGAGUCAGUUGCCUUAAUAUGUUUAAUUAUUUUAUUAGUCCCCACAGAGAUUUAUAAAACAGAUCUCUUACUCAUCUUCUCCAAGUGUAUCCCCUGCUCUCCCCACCCAGGCUCUGGCAAUCCACGUCAGGCAGCCGCUUCAAAGCCAUGCCUGCCUCGCCCUAUUUGUCCUGCUCUGACACAUCCCACCAGACUGCCCUUUCUGUGGGAGUCCCUGAAUCCUCCUUGAGCUCCUUUACCACCAGUGGUCAACCCUUGUGUAAGCAGCCUCCUCACAGCCGUUGGAUGUUCACUCCCUACGUAGUAGUAGUACUAAAAGUCGCUCAGUCAUGUCUGACUCUUUGUGACCCCAUGGACUGUAGCCUGCCAGGCUUCCCUGUCCAUGGAAUUCUCCAGGCAAGAAUACUGGAGUAGGUUCCCACGCCCUUCUGCAUUCCCUAUGGAAGGCAGCAUUCCUCACUUCACUUGCGUUCUGAUAUCUCAUCCAGGUCAUCCAGUGCAGGGUGUCCAAGCCCAUGUGGGAUGAGGACACCGCUUGGUUCACUGUGACUCACUUGCCAGAAUCAUUGUUGACCAUGAGCUUUGUUUCUUUAACUAAGGUGUUGUUGCUUUUUAAGAAGCUUGGGAUCAAGAUGUUUUGAAACAACAAUUGUUUUGAUUCCAUGACUUGCCCCAUUUUCAUGAUGGGGACAUGACUGCCGCUGCAUAUCUCCAUCCCACAGGCUCUUCUUACAUGACUGCAACAAAGGAGGUCUAGGGCCCUCCUUUUAUAAUUUGGGUGAGGGGAGCUCUUGAUUGCUUUAAGCAGUGGAAUAAGGUAGAAUAGGUGCCAUAUGACAUCAAAAUCUAGGUAACGAAAAAAACACAGCUUCUAGAUGGCUCACUUUUUAGGAGAUGCUCACUCUGGGGAAACCAACCACUGUGUUAUGAGGGAGCCAAAGAAUCCCAUGAAGUGAGACAACUUGAGGGGCUCUUAUGGAGAAAAACCAACGUGCUGAGUGGAUAGCCAGCACCAACCACUGGGCAUGUGUGAGCAAUCCUUCAAGUGGGUCAGCCUCCAGGCUUCGAGCAGCCCUGAUACCAAGGUGAGUAGAGGGAUGCCAUCUGCACUGUAUCCAGACCAAAGUGCAGCUGUGGGUAAAGCCAUGUUGCUGUUGUUUUAAACCACUGAGUCCUUUAGUAGGUGGAAUAAGCCCUCUUCAGCAUCACUUUCACACCAUUAUGUCUAUUCCACACUGUGGAUCUUGCCUUUAUAGUCUGAUCAUGAUGGUUUAUCUCCUCUAUAUGAAGCAAGGAAUCUCGUCUCAAUGCACAAUCACCUUGGUGAUCUAAUAUGAACCACGCAAAGACUUUCUUUGAUCUAUCAUCAUGAGGCCCAGGUUUCUGGGGCUCAGGCACCUGAGGGCUUAAGGACUGGCUGAUGCAACCACCCCCCUUGACCCCCACCCCACCCAAUGGAUGAAAACUUACCAGAGGCUUUAAUUAAAUACAAAUAAACAGUCCACUCUGACUACAAAGAAGUGGUUUGAGGUUUUCAGAUAAGGCUCAUGUGACAAAGGCCAGAGCAUGGAAGGGGACAACUCAGGGUUAAAAGACCAGAAGGAAGCAGCAGCCGCUCAGAUCUGGGCAGUCUUCCUGCAGUGAUGGUCCUGCUCCUGCUCCUGGUGGCCCUUCUGUCCCCUACCGGGGAGGCAGGGAAAAUCAUCGGGGGCCACGAGGCCAAGCCACACUCCCGUCCCUACAUGGCGUUCCUUCUCUUCAAGAUUUCAGGGAAACCUCACCGCUGUGGGGGUUUCCUCGUGCGUGAGGACUUCGUGCUGACAGCGGCUCACUGCCUGGGAAGCUCAAUCAACGUCACCCUGGGGGCCCACAACAUCAUGGAACGAGAGAGGACCCAGCAGGUCAUCCCAGUGAGAAGAGCCAUCCCCCACCCACGCUAUAAUGAUGAGACUCUGGCCAACGACAUCAUGUUACUGCAGCUGACUAGGAAGGCUGGCAUUACGGAUGCAGUGAGCCCCAUCAACCUGCCCAGGAGCUUGGCGAAGGUGAAGCCAGGGAUGAUGUGCAGUGUGGCCGGCUGGGGGCAACUGGGGGUAAAUAUGCCCUCUACAGACAAACUACAGGAGGUAGAUCUUGAAGUCCAAAGUGAGGAGAAAUGUAUCGCUCGCUUCAAAAAGUACAUCCCCUCCACACAGAUAUGUGCUGGAGAUCCAAGCACGAGGAAGAAUUCUUUCUCGGGUGACUCUGGGGGCCCGCUUGUGUGUAAUGGUGUGGCCCAGGGCAUUGUGUCCUAUGGAAAAGAUGAUGGGACACCUCCAAAUGUCUACACCAGAAUCUCCAGCUUUCUGUCCUGGAUCCAGACAACAAUGAGACGGUACAAACGCCAGGGAUCAGCAUGACGUGUCCUCGGAAUGGACCCCUCCAUGUUCCCUGGGAUUGGAAGUAUUGGUCAAAAUGUGUGGAGGAAGGUUGCCUGGAACUUAAUAAACAUUCAUCUCUUGAAAAGAAAUCACUGAUUGCUCCAUUAUUCACAAAUUCGUUAGGUACCUUCUCUGUCAGGGAAACAUCUGUUCACAUUUCUGAUCUGUUAGCAGCUUCCGCCUCCAGCACAUACACUGCUCCUCCCACCCCUCCCUUCCAUUCUCUAGAAUAAAAUCUUCUGCUGUACCUACAGCCAGCUCCCUCCAGUCACAUGUCCCCAGUGCCAGCUCCCCCUCAGGCUGCCCGUGAG